GGAUCAUACUCAUUAAAAGUCAACUGGAGUCAGCCUCCACUCAGUGCUAUGAAUGGAGUUCUUCUAGGUUAUAUGAUAAAGCACACAUGGAAAGUCUAUGGAAGUCCAAAUAAAACAUAUAUUGAGACCUCCAACUCAACUGCAGCAGUCAUUCCAAUUAAAGCUACAAAUGCUACUUGUACCAUAUACGUAGCUUGCUACACAGUGGGGAGGCAUUGGGCCAUAUAGUGAAGCAGUGCAGCUUGUUAUUCCAGGUGAUGGUACGAUAGCAUCUGCGACUUCUUCAACUCCGGGAACAGGAAAUGCUAGCCCCUACUUGAUAUUGCUGGGCUUUAUCUGCAGCUUAAUGAUACUUCUGCUAAUUAUUUAUGGUUUAGUAAUACUCAUUAGAAGGAAAAAGGAAACAGAGUUUGGGCAUGCUUUCGUCAGCUCAGAUGAUUCAGACAUUGUAGUGAAUUAUAAAGCAAAGAGGUCCUACAACAGGAAAGCCAUUGAAAUGACACUAAGUACAUUAGGGAUCAGUCAAGAUCUGCAGCAGAAGCUGGAAGAUGUGAUGGUGGAGAGAAGCUUACUUACUCUGGGAAAGGUGUUGGGUGAGGGU